GCUAGAAAAGAGGGUUGAGAAGACGAGAACACAAAAGGGAAGAGAGGGAGAGAGAGUGAAGGGGGGCUGGCCAAGUAGAGAAGAAGAUAAGUGAGAGCUAGGAUGUUUCAACACCGAAAAUUUUUCUUGGUCGAAAAUCCUUGAUUACCCCGCCCCAAAAAAAACAUCACUUGUUCUAUAAGAUCAAAUACAUCGGUAUUUCUGAAAAACCCAGUGAGCUGGACUUAAUUAUGCGUGCUUUUUGGUGAUAUGAGAGAUAAGAUAAACUUUCUGAUCACAAGUGAUUUGUUAUUAGAAAGACAAAGAAAGAGAUGGAAAGAAAUAGAGAAGCAAGAAGAUUGGGUAUGGCAGCCGGUAAUGGUUUGUCUAGAAGAAGACACAGAAGUAGCAGCCUAAGAGACUCUCCAGAAGAUGAUGGACCGGUGGAGUUGCAAGAAACAACAAAGCUGCGAGAUCGAAAAAAGGAUCGAGAUCGGGAUCGGGAUAGAGACCGGGACCGGGACCGGGACCGUGAGAAAGACCGAGAUAGAGAUCGGAUUAGCGGCAGAAGUAAGAGGAGGAGAGGGGAGAGACUGAUGCACGGGAGCAAUAGGGAAGAUGGAGAGCGAGACGAGACCUCAGACGAAGAGAGCGUUAAUGAUGACGAAGAUGAAUAUGACGAUGAUGCGGUUGGUGUUGCAGGAAACUCCAUGAGGAUGCUUCCACCGAACCCUUCUUCUUUAUCUUCUUCUUCUAUGUCUAAUCAUCAUCAUAGGAAGAGCUUUCCGCCGCAGGCAAAAGUUUUUAGGGCCGCGCCGACGACGACGAAUACCACUGCUGCAGUUACACCGUGGAAGGCUCCUGAUGAGAUGAUUGGUGUGUCGGUUCCUAGAAAAGCUCGGUCAGCAUCUACAAAGAGGUCACAUGAAUGUUGGACUUCAAGUGGUGGAGUUGUUAGUGAGCAAAUUCACCAUCAAGCUUCAAUAUCUCCGGUAAGAUCGAGUGGACCGGCUAUGUUAGCUUCAGCUUCAGCUUCUCCGGUGGCUCCUGUCUCUCCUCCAUCAUCUUCCAAUGCUUCAGUUAAAAAGAAGAUGAAACCUAAUGGACCGAAACAGAGACCUCCUAAAUCUUCUUCAAAAUCUACUUCUGCACAAGAUGAGAUUGAGUUUGAGAUCGCUGAGGUGUUAUAUGGGUUGCUGAGGCAACCUCAAGGAGCUACAAAGCAAGAAAUCAUGGGAAAUGAUUCAAUCAAGUUUGAUUUCAGAGAAGCGAACCACAAUAAAACUGCCAGUGAUGCUAAAUCCAGAGUUUCCUCACCGAUCUCCAACUCACAGUCCACUGUUCCUCAGUCAUCUUCUAUCCCACCAGCUAAUUCUAGUUCUUCUGCUGCUCCCAUGUCUGCAAUUGCACCUAAGAGGAAAAGACCGCGGCCGGUCAAGUAUGAUGACGAGCAUCCCACAAACUUUCCUGCUCGUAAUAGUUCCAUUUUGUCAAUAGCCAAGGUUGACGUUGAUCAGCCUGCAAGAAUUGAUUCUUCUCCUAAUUUAGAGAACUCGGGAUCUGCAGCUGAAAAUGGUGGAGUUUCACAUGAUUUAUUGGCCAAUCAAGCUGCUCCCGCAAUGACAGAGGCGCAGCUGCAGGAGGCGGUUAAGCUGGAGAAUCAACCGAUAUCGGAUUCUAAGCCCACGACUGAAGGAUCAGAAUGUAGAGAUUUGGGAGGACUGAUAGAAGAAACUCGGUCUCCGAAGAACGAAUCUACUCCUGGUCUUAGAUUGGGUGAUGAUUGCGAGAGUUUGACAGCAAAUAAAGCGAAUUUGAUGGUCUCUGAGAUUGAUAGUCAGCGAGAAGAGAAGUUCCAGAUAGAUCUGAUGGCUCCUCCUCCAUCAAGGUCAUCUCCAGAAAGGGACGGUGAGGUUGAUUUUGUGGCCGUAGAUCCUAAAUCUAUCGUCACAUAUGGGGAAACGGAAAAGAAGCCUGUGAUGGUCAAAGAAGAUGAGAAAGCAUUGAAAGUUGUAAAGGAAGAUAUAAGUGUGGAACCUGUAGAGAAAAAGACAAAAGUUAUUGGCGAACAAGUUGAAUCCCAGAAGCCAAUUGUUAAUAAAGAAAGGAAUAUUGAUCUCCAGCUUGAUCCAGGGAAGGCUGAUAGAGAUAGCGCCACUGUUACUAUAAGUAGAAAUAAGCCGCUUCAGCAUGUGCAGCAGCAGCAGCAACCCAACACAGAGAAAAUUGCGCAAUCCAGUUCUUUACCUUUGCCAGUGUCUAUGACUGGCUGGCCCGGUGGGCUUCCUCACAUGGGAUAUAUGGCACCUCUACAAGGAGUUGUAUCCAUGGAUGGAAGCAGUGUGUCUUCUGCAGCCAUACAGCCUCCUCAUUUAAUUUUUAGCCAACCACGGCCAAAAAGGUGUGCAACACAUUGCUACAUUGCAAGGAACAUUCAUUGUUACCAGCAAUUUACAAGGAUGAAUCCUUUCUGGCCACCAGCUGCUGCUUCUGCUUUACAAUAUGGGGCUAAAGCGUGCAAUAUGAAUGUGGUGCCAUCCGCUGACUUGCAUGCAGGUAGAGGUGUGAAUUCAGUGCAAGAAAAGGGACAGAGUCUUGCCAUUUUUCCAGGUCCCUGUGGGAAGGAGAAGAAUUCUCAAGGUGCGAACAUUGCAGAAGCUGCACAGAGAAAGCAGAUUUUGCUCCAGCAAGCCCUGCCGCCAGGUGCUCCUAGUAAUAUCAUGCAUGGACCCACUUUCAUCUUCCCAUUGAAUCAACAACAAGCUGUUGCUGCUGCUGCAGCAGCAGCUUCUGUCCGACCUGGAAGUGUGAAGUCUCCUCCUGCUGCAGGCAGUGUAGCCUCUUCAAGUGCCUCUAGUUCUGCUUCAAUGAGUGCCACAGCAUCAGCUAUAGCUGGUCCUCCACCAAUGAGCUUCAACUACCCGAAUCUCUCAGGCAAUGAAACCCAGUACUUGGCAAUUAUGCAGAAUGGAGCAUUCCCGAUUCCCAUUCCUGCUCAUGUUGGGGCCGCAACAGCUUAUAGAGGAACCCAUCCUCAGGCAAUGCCUUUGUUUAAUGGAUCGUUUUAUUCUUCUCAAAUGCUCCAUCCUUCACAGCUUCAGCAGCAACAGCCAUCCACCCAGACACAACAAAGCCAACAAGGCCAUCAAAAUCCGAGUAUUACCAGUGGUUCCUCAUCAACCCAGAAGCAUUUGCAGAAUCAGCAGCAGAGAUUGCAUGGCAGUGGAGAUGGUGGAAAUCUGCAAGGUUUUCCUGGCCCUAAAAACCAGCUGCUCCAUUCCCUGCCAAACCAGCAACGGCAGCAGAUGCAAAAUCAGAAUGUUUCUCAGCAAGCUCGUCAACCCGAGAGUGAAUUAGGUGGUGAAGACAGCACUUCAACUGCUGACUGUCAAGCCUCCCGUUCAAAUAUGAGUCUUUAUGGCCAGAAUUUAAUGCCAGUACAUCCAGCAAACUUUGCUUUGAUGAAUCCUGCACCGAUGGGUGGUGCCCAUAGUGCAAGUGGCAAUACUAGUGAAAAGAAACCCCAGCAACCACAAACACAGAUCUCUAAUGCUGGGGCCGAACCUUCAACCUCUCAGGCUUUUGCCAUAUCAUUUACUUCCAUCAAUGGAACCACUGCUUCCCCGGGACUUGAUAUUUCAUCAAUGGCACAUAAUCAUGCUCUUCUCCAAAGCCUUCCAGAGGCAGCAAGGCAUGGAUAUCACUUAAUCGCUGCUGCCCAAGCAGCACAGCAGAAGAAGAAUUACCGUGUUUCUGAAGAAGGGAAAACUGGAGGAAAUGACACUUCUAAUGUGGAAGAAGAGAGGAAGGCCAUUGCAGGAGUAAAGGCUCCAUUAACUGCUGGGCAGUCAAUUGUGUUCUCUCGGGCAGAUUCAACAGACCCCCCCAUUUCAACAAUGUCAGUCAACAAUGUCAUUGAUAGCUCAGCCCGAACUCUUAACCUUGGGACUCCUCCUGCUCGGACCUCUGGCUCUGUUAUGUCAGCUAAUAUCAGUGGUGCAAAUGCACCAAGUAUACAGCAGCAGAUGCAGCGGAAUCAGCAGCAGCAGCAAAUUCUUAAGCUUCAGAAGCAGCAGCAACAAUUUGUGGCUGCAGCUUCCUCUCGUAGUAAAACCCCAGCAACUAGCAAUGGAAGUGCUUAUCCCGAUCAUAUUUCAUCAUCAUCAGCCAUGGCCACCAAGUUCCCUAAUGCACUUCCUGCUUUUCCUCAAAAUUUUGUUCAAAACAGCAGUAGCCCUGCUCAAUCACCCCAGUGGAAAAAUUCCUUGAGGACCACCACUUCUCAAGUUCCUUCUCCAUCUCUAACCCCAGCUUCAUCAAACCUCAAAAAUCUUCCCCAACAACAAGGCCGAACACAAGGAGGUCACACGCAGAUAUCUUUUGCGGCUAACCAAAAACCAUCUGCUUCGCCGCAAGGGCAACCAAAUCCCAGCAUUAACCAAUCCCCAUCUCCUCCGAUGAUGGUUGGUUCUCCCACAACAUCAAUUUCUAAGAGUGCAGGUGGAAGUCCAAGGACAUCCGCUUCCACGGGUAACAAAGGUGGUCAAUCUUCUACAUUAUCAUCUCAACAAUCCAACUCUGCAUCAGUACCUGUGCAAAAAUUGUCUCCAGUUGGGGGAAGAAAUGUUGCAUCAAUCCAUGGUCAUCCUCACAACACCUCUUCAUCUAACUCUGGUACAAAGCCUCAAAUGUCACAUCAACAGCCGCUAUCAAAGCAUGUCUUGCAACAGGCUCAGCUAAUGUACACUAACGCUUAUAUGCAAACCCAAGCUCAACAUGCGGUAAGUUCAACUCUCCAAAGACACCGUAGUGAUCAGCAGCAGCAAUCACAAGGCGCUUCAGCUAUCUCCUCUACAGGGAUGUUGUCAUUAUGUCCUCCAGUCACACUUGCCUUUACCAGUAGCACUGAUCCUGCGAAGGCAGCUGCUAACAGUAUGAAAGGAGGUGGCUUACCUUCACAGGGUCUUAUCCAUGCCCAAUUUGCUGCUGCACAGCCUGCAGGAAAGCCGCAUCAGAUUUUACCUGCUGGCUUCCCAUAUGUUCAUCCUGUUCCCACUGUGGUUCAGGUGAAACCGGCAGAGAAGAAACAACCUGCUGGCGAAUAGAAUCAUGUGCCUGGUGCUUUAGAUGGCAACCUGCGGAUCGGAGAAGAUUGAAAAAGACUAGUAAGAUUGAAAAAGACUAGUAGAUUGGUUUGAUUGGGGAUUUUUCAAUUUAUGAAGGGAAAGCAAUUAACAAGCCAAGGAAAUGACAUUUUGAAUACCUUCUGGCAGAAUGAAGGGGUGAGAAAUGUUCUAGGAAGCACGCCAGGUGGAUCCGAACCGAAAUUUUGAAUACCUUCUGACUGGACUUGCGGAUCGCCGUGCAUAUUAUCUUUCUCUGUACACUUGUGUCUAUAGGCUGACAGGGUUGAUGGUCAGGUCUAGUUAAAUUUGAUUGGUGUGAUGACGAGAGGCUGGGAAUGAAACAAGUGUUUUUGUAGAGAAAAAGAAGGAAAGAUGGACGUGGAAAGGUGAAGAUAAAGAACAACCUUUCCCUCAUGGGUCAGUUAUUUUCUCCACUGUGCUAGAUUUUCCAUCCCUUUUUUAUGGGGUCUAGUUCUAUUUUCCUGAAAGCGCAUUAGGCAGUAUCUUCUAAAACAAUAUAUAUUACGUGCAGUGGAUGGUGUAUAUGAAUUAUGUCUUGCACAUAUAAAAGUAAACCCUCCCAAUUUUUUUAUUUAAUACCUGUCUCCAUCCUUGUUUUCCCUGUGUUGUAACCCAUCGACACCUUGUGGGAUGAUGUCAUAUAUAAUUUCUGGGACAAUUUAGUCGUGCUAGGUUUAUAGAACAUGGUGGGAUUUGCUGUAUUGCAUUGAGGGGUGAUGGUUUGUCAUAAUUGUUGAGAGAGGUUGUUUUGCAGAUAAACCGGCGCAUCUUACCUAAGGAAGGUUCGAACUUGAAAACAAGAGCUCCGAUUUGGGCUCGCAA